AUGAUAGCAGAAAGACCAGGAGCAAGGAAAACGAUAUCAGCAGCAGAUCUGGCAGAGUCAGAGGCACCCUCGACGGCAAUACCAGUGUCAGCCUUCUUAAGAGAUGGGGCGUCGUUAACACCAUCACCAGUCAUGGCAACCAACGAAACCAUCAGCAUUCUCAACAAAGUCGAACAAUUCAGAACCGGACAUGUCUCCACCACCGGAAAGACCCAACUUGUCAGCGUCGAAGAUGUUAGUACCAAGACCCAAUUGUCUACAGGUCUCCUUAGCAAUACCAACGGCAUCACCAGUAAGCAUCUUGACUCUCAAACCAAGUUCUCUAGCCUCGUUAACGGUCUUAGCAGUGUCAUCUCUAGGUGGGUCCAUACAUGGCAUGAUACCGAGAAUUUCCCAGUGACCUUCACCUCUCUUUCUGGCAACACCCAAAGAUCUGAAACCUCUGGAAGCGAAUUCGGCAACCUUGUUCUCGUAGUUCUCAAGAACGUCUUCUGGAAUUGGGUGGUCUUCUUGCACAGUCUUCAUAACGAACAAUGGGGCACCCUUGACACAGAUGAUUCUCUCACCUUCUGGGGACUCAACGUAAGCAGUAACUUUCUUGGAAACAGGGUCGAAUGGCUGGAACUCAAGCAUCUUGUACUUGGUCAAAGCAGCUCUGGCUCUUGGGUAGCUGAUCAAAGACUUCAAGAAAGCCUUGUCAAUAGCGUCAAGACCCUUCUUCUUUCUGGAGGCAGCAAGACAAGCGGUAAGCAUCAAGUCAUCAGGCUCAACACCCUCGACAGUGUAAGGCUCGUGCAGGGAAAGCUUGUUCUUGGUCAAAGUACCGGUCUUGUCGGAACACAAGAUCUCGACACCAGCAAGAGACUCAAUAGCAGACAAUUUUUGGACAAUGGCCUGUUUCUUGGCCAAGUAAGCAGCACCGACAGCCAUGGUGGUGGUAACGACGGCUGGAAGACCGACUGGAACACCAACAAUGGUGAUAGCAAGAGUGUAUCUCAAGAUUCUAACGAUCUUGUUGGUUCUGUAGAAGGAAGCAGUCCAGACAACCAACAAGGUGACAAUGACCAAAACAAGCAAGGUAGUACCGAUACCGUUCAAGACCUCAGUGAAGUGACCUUGACCACCGGAAGCCUUGUUAACCAAAGCAGCAGCUCUACCGACGAAAGUGUUGUCACCGGUAGCAGUAACGAUCAUCAAAGCUUCACCUCUCUUAACAGUGGAAGAAGAGAAAGUUGGGUCACCAGAUCUCUUGUCAACGGCCAAAGACUCACCGGUAAGGGCGGACUGGUCGACUUGCAAGAAGCACUCGUCAGAAACAAGCUUACCGUCGGCUGGGAUAACCACACCGUCCUCAAGCUGCAAGAUGUCACCUGGAACAACGUCAGCUGCACCAACUUCAACAGGGUGGCCGUCUCUGAUAACAGUAGCAGAGUUAGCCAAAGUCUUUUUCAAUUCGUCGACAAUAGAACCGGCUUGGUAUUCUUGGAUGAAACCAACACCAGCGUUCAACAUAAGCAAACCACAGAUAACACCGAAAUCGACCCAGUCCUCAAGACCAGCGGCCAAGAUAGCGGCAGCCUCCAUAACGAACUGAAUAGGUCCGAUGAAGAACAUACAGAACUUGAGCACCAAGUUCUCCUUUUCCUCGGCCAUCUGGUUGAGACCGAACUUCUUUCUUCUUCUGGUGACUUCGUCAGAAGUAAGACCAACCUUAGGGUCAGUUCUAAGAAGCUCCUCCGGAACUUCCUUGAAAGAAGAGUGUCCUUCUUCCUCCUCUUCUUCCUCGUCGUCCUCACCUCCGGCUGCUCCGUGGUUGGAUUGCAAAUCCAUCACCAAUUGGUCGAUGUCCUCAUCUUCAUCUUCGUCUUCCUGAAGAGGAACUUUCUCCUUGGUUGGUUCAGUUGCAGACAUGAUGGGUCUUUAAUCUAG